GCUACCAAAUUAACAAAUCAAUCAUCCAGGGAGAGAUGUGGAGGCUAAAGAUCGCGGAGGGCAGCGGCAACCCACUGCUGCGCACCACCAACGGCCACGUCGGCCGGCAGGUAUGGGAGUUCGAUCCUGCCGCGGAUGACCCCGACGAGGUCGCCGCCGUUGAUGCCGCCCGCCGCGACUUCACCAGCCGCCGGCACCAGAUGAAGAACAGCUCCGACCUCCUCAUGCGCAUGCAGCUCUCUAAGUCAAACAAUCUCAAGAUGAACCUUCCUCCCAUCAAGCUGGAACAACAUGGGUAUCACAUAGAAGAAGACGAUGUCUUGAUAUCUUUGAGGAGGGCAAUCAACCGAUGUUCCACUCUCCAGGCACAUGAUGGUCAUUGGCCGGGGGAUUACGCUGGCACUUUAUUUCUCUUGCCCAGCUUGAUUGUAGCACUGCAUGUGACUGGAGCACUAACUACUGUGUUGACAUCUGAACAUCAGAAAGAGAUUCGGCGGUAUCUCUACAAUCAUCAGAAUGAAGACGGGGGUUGGGGACUGCAUAUUGAGGGAACAAGCACAAUGUUCUGUACUGUCAUGAACUAUGUUGCUUUGAGAUUGCUUGGGGAGGGGCUGGAUUCAUGCGGAGCCAUGCUACAAGCUCGGAGUUGGAUCUUGGAUCAUGGAGGAGCAACUUUAACACCAUCGUGGGGAAAAUUCUUUCUUUCGGUCCUUGGGGUAUAUGACUGGUCCGGGAACAACCCAUUGCCACCAGAACUAUGGAUGAUGCCUUAUUUCUUGCCUAUUCAUCCAGGGCGCAUGUGGUGUAAUUGUCGGUUGGUAUAUUUGCCCAUGUCAUACCUAUACGGGAAGAGGUUUGUGGGUGCUACUACAUUAAUUGUACUAGACUUGAGGAAAGAGCUCUACAAUGUCCCGUAUAAUGAGAUUAACUGGGACAAGGCUCGCAAUGGGUGUGCCAAGGAAGAUCUUUAUUAUCCCCAUUCACCACUACAGAAUAUUGUAUGGGCCACUCUCAAGAAAAUUGGUGAACCGGUUCUUAUGCACUGGCCUGGCAGCAAUUUGCGAAAGAAAGCUCUGGACAUUGUCAUGAAACAUAUAAAGUAUGAGGAUGAAACAACUCAAUAUAUAUGCAUUGCUCCUCUCAAUAAGAUGUUGAAUAUGAUUUGUUGCUGGGUAGAAGAUCCAAAGUCAGAGGCAUUCAAACUCCAUAUUGAAAGAGUAUAUGAUUUCUUAUGGGUUGCUGAAGACGGCAUGAAGAUGAAGUCUUACAAUGGCAGCCAGCUAUGGGAUACAGCUUUGACAGUUCAGGCUAUAUUUGCUACCGGCCUCACAAAAGAGUUUGGCCAUACAAUUAAAGUCGCUCAUGACUACAUCAAACAUUCCCAGAUUCGUGCGGACUGCCCUGGAGACCAAAGCAAGUGGUAUCGCCAUCUAUCAAAAGGUGGAUGGACACACUCAACUGCUGACCAAGGGUGGCCUGUAUCAGAUUGUACUGCAGAAGCAUUUAAGGUUUUGUUGUUGUUAACUAAGGUUCCUGAACUGGUUGAUGAGCCUAUAGAAACAAGCAGACUUGAUGAUGCAGUCAACAUUCUACUAUCUUUGAUGAAUGACGAUGGCAGUUUUGGUGCAUAUGAGCUAACAAGAUCUUAUGAAUGGCUUGAGUUGUUGAAUCCUUCUGAGAGCUUUGGCGGCAUAAUGAUCGAGUAUCCGUAUGUUGAGUGUACAUCAUCAGUAAUUCAGGGUCUGGUGUUAUUUAGAGAAAUGUACCCCGAACACAGUCGCUUGGAAGAGAUAGACAGUUGUAUCCAAAAGGCUGCAGACUACAUUGAGAGCAUCCAAUGGAGUGAUGGAUCAUGGUAUGGUUGUUGGGCUAUCUGUUUCACAUAUGGUACUUGGUUUGGGGUGAGAGGAUUGGUUGCUGCAGGGAGGACGUAUGUAAAUAGCCUAGCAAUCAGAAAAGCGUGUGAAUUUCUUUUGUCCAAGGAGCUUCUCCCAUCUGGAGGGUGGGGAGAAAGUUACCUUUCCAGUCAAGACAAGGUUUACACCAAUCUUGAAGGAAACAGGGCUCAUGCAGUUAACACUAGUUGGGCCAUGUUGGCCCUAAUUGAUGCCGGGCAGGGUCAAAGAGAUCCUGCAUGUCUACAUAGAGCAGCCAAGAUUCUGAUGAACUUCCAAUCAGAGGAUGGAGAGUUCCCUCAGCAAGACAUUAUUGGAGCUACCAACCACAACCUUAUGCUCACUUAUGCCCAGUUCAGGAACAUAUUCCCUAUCUGGGCUCUUGGAGAGUACUACCGGAGAGUGCUUCUGGUAGCUUAAAGGAAACCAUCGUUAUGUAUAUAUAGUGGUUGGGAAUUACAUACUUCUUUGUGCUCUCCAUCUCAGCUAGAGAUGGGCAUAAAUAUAUUGUAGUGAAUGGUGUUUUUUUACUUGUAUCUAGUGCUAUUGGUUUUAGGAGCAUGAACCUUCUUUCGAGAAGAGUUUUAGUGUUACUGACCAUACAUGUGCUACCAUAUUCACUACCAGUAUGAGCUAUGUGAUCAAAAUGAAUGUACAUGAUCACAUUAAUCACAACCAUUUAGAACAUUCGUAUAUGGACCCUCAAUAUGUAAAUUUUCUCAACAUC